AUGGAGGCUGGCUCUGUGGUACGAGCAGUCUUUGAUUUCUGUCCCAGCGUCUCUGAAGAGCUGCCCCUCUUCGUGGGAGAUGUCAUCGAGGUACUGGCCGUGGUGGAUGAGUUCUGGCUCCUCGGCAAGAAGGAAGGUGUCACAGGGCAGUUUCCUAGCAGCUUUGUGGAACCUGUGGAUAUUCCCCCUUUGAAGCAGGGAGAAAAACUGUUUGUUUGUACCAGUGACUUCAUAUCUCAAGAGCCAGGGAGCUUGUCAUUGCAGAGAGGAGAUCUGGUGAUCCUGGGGGGGUCCCUGGCCUCCAGCUGGCUCCAGGGCCGAAGCAGCUGGGGUUCCAAGGGCUUUUUCCCCUCAUCAUGUGUGCGGGAGCUGUGCCUUUCAGUUCGGAGCCGUCAGCUGUCCCAGAGCGCUCUCUUGGAGGUGCCUGCCUACUCACUGGGCCAAGCCCGGGCCCUGAUGGACCUCUCUGCUCAGCUGGAGGAGGAACUGGACUUCAGGGAAGGGGAUGUGAUCAACAUUGUUGGUGUCCCAGAACCUGGCUGGUUUGAAGGUGAGCUCAGAGGCCACAGGGGCAUCUUCCCAGAGGGUUUUGUGGAACUGCUUACUCCUUUGCGAACAUCAGGAACCUCAGUGGAUCCAGAGCCCACAGGGACUUGUGACACCAAUGGGACAGUGGAGAUGCCCCCCAAGGAGGAGGAGGAGGAGCCAGGGAGCACUUAUGGUGUUGCCCUCUAUCAGUUCCAAGCCCUGGAGUCCAAGGAACUGGAUUUUGAUGUGGGUGACAGGAUUCGGAUCAUAGGCAUUCUGGAGGAUGGCUGGCUGGAGGGGGAGCUGAGGGGGAAACGUGGCAUCUUUCCACACAGAUUUGUGAGGCUGGAAGCGUCUGAGGCUUGCAGGGAAAAGGCAGGUGCUGGGGAUCCCCAAAGUGGAGGCAGCUGUGGAGUGACUAUCCAUCAAGACUCGGAAAGCACCUGCUCCAAAGCUCUUCCUUUGCCAGGGAAAGAUGGCAAGGACAAGGAGGAUGGCUCGACUGCACAUCCUGAGCCGGAUGCCAUUUUGUCUCACAAGGCAGAGAUGUCAGAGGGUCCUCUUGGCACUGACUUGGGACAGCAUCAGGCCUUUCCCAGCACAGGACACCAAGAGCCAUGUCCCAAAGGCACAGCAGACUCCAUCCCCUUUGACCCCACGAAGACGGUCAAUGGUGUUCUCCCCUCUGCUCAGCUGCCUCCCCAACGGGGCAACAGGCCUGGCCAAGCCAAUGAGUUGGAGCCUGGGGGGACCAUUUCAGCCUCCCCAGGGAACUCAGAAACUCACACCCUGCCUGAGCAUGAUGGGGACAGUCCCACUGUACCCUUGCAGGCACCCUACUCCCCCCGAGAUCCUUGCAGGAGCCAGAUGAUUUCUUCUCCUAACAGUUGGGCAGCAUCCGAGCCCCAGGAGAGCCAGAGUAGUGCCCAGGACCUGGAUGAUUGGGUGGAUGGUCAUCAGGAGAAGUCCAAACCCUGUUCCUCCAGCUUGGGAGCUGCCCAGGUGGGCUUGGACACAUGGGCUGGGAGCUGGGGGGAAUGCUGCCCGCUCACAGUGCAGGGGGACGGCUGCACAGACCUCGACUCCAAACUGACAGAACAGCUGGCACAGUUUGAGAAGAGUCUGUCGAGUACCGGCUCUGAGCAAGACAAGGUCUCCCGCCACUUCUCUAUCUUGGACUACAGCUCUGAGAAGGACAUUGUCCGUGGGUCUCCUGAGUGUGUCCCCCAAGCCAGGCAGCCAGAGAGGAGGAAGGCCCUGAGGCCACCUCCUCCUCGGCCCAGCAGCCUUGCAACAACCCCUGUGCACACGCUGGGUGGCCAGGUGCCCAAAGGCAGAUCUCUGUCCUUCUCGGUCAAGCCCUCCCGGCCUGCGCCCCGGCCUCCUUCAAGCAACCAGCGGAAAAACGUGGCCCCUGUGCAGCUUCAGCCCAGCACUCAGGAGCAGCGGGUGGAAGAGGGACGUGAGGACUUGACACAGGCAGGAUCAGCUUCCCCCCACUCCAUUCUGCUGACAAGGAUCGGAGAGGUAGAGCGAGACCUGGAGGCUUACGGCAAGACCCGCGCUGAGCUAAGCCUGAUGCUGGAGGAGCAGCAGGAUGAGCUGGUGAGAGCAGAGACCCUGGAAAACCUUGAUUUCUGUGACUCCAACAUUGAGAGCCUCAGCGUGGAGCUGCAGGAGCUGAGAGAGAUGACUCUCCUGUCCUCCCAGACACCAUCCCUGGAAACCUCCUCGGCUGCCACUGAGAGCCCAGAGCAAAGGAUGCUGGAGAAGAGGUCCAAGGUUAUUGAGGAACUGCUCCAGACAGAGCGGGACUAUAUCCGAGACCUGGAGAUGUGCGUGGAGAGGAUCAUGGUGCCCCUGCAACAGGCACAGGUAGGAAACAUAGACUUUGAGGGUCUUUUUGGAAACAUCCACAUGGUAAUUAGCUUCUCCAAGCAGCUGCUGUCCACCUUGGAGGCUUCAGAUGCCAUCGGUCCAGUGUUCCUGGCACAGCGUGAAGAGCUGGAGAACGUCUACAGGGUGUAUUGCCAGAACCAUGAUGAGGCCAUUGCACUGCUGGAAACCUAUGAGAAGGAUGAGAAGAUGCAGAAACUACUCCUGGAUCUGCUGGAUAGCCUCAGGAGCCUGUACAGUGAGUGGGGCUGCACAAACUACAUUAACCUGGGCUCCUUCCUCAUCAAGCCAGUGCAAAGGGUGAUGAGGUACCCACUGCUGCUGAUGGAGCUACUGAGCGCCACACCCGAGGCUCACCCUGACAAGGCACCACUCACAGCUGCUGUCCUCGCAGUCAAAGAAAUCAAUGUCAACAUCAACGAAUACAAGCGCCGGAAGGACCUGGUGCUAAAGUACCGGAAAGGGGAUGAGGAUAGCCUCAUGGAGAAGAUCUCCAAGCUCAACUUCCACUCUAUCAUCAAGAAAUCCAACCGUGUGAGCAGCCACCUCAAGCAUCUCACAGGCUUUGCACCCCAGCUGAAGGAUGAAGCCUUUGAAGAGACAGAGAAAAAUUUCCGGAUGCAGGAGCGGCUGAUCAAGUCCUUUAUCCGGGACCUUUCCCUCUACCUGCAGCACGUUCGAGAGUCGGCUUGCAUGAAGGCACUGGCAGCAGUGAGCAUGUGGGACCUGUGCACAGAGAAGGGCAGUGGGGACUUGGACCAGUUCCAGAAAGUGAAUCGGCUCAUCAGUGACCAGCUCUUCUCCAACUUCAAAGAACGGACGGAGCGACUGGUGAGCUCGCCCCUGAACCAGCUGCUGAGCAUGUUUGCGGGGCCCCACAAGCUGGUGCAGAAACGCUUUGACAAGCUCCUCGACUUCCACAACUGCACGGAGCGAGCGGAGAAGCUGAAGGACAAGCGAACGCUGGACGAGCUGCAGUCAGCCCGCAACAACUAUGAGGCCCUCAAUGCCCAGCUGCUGGACGAGCUGCCCAAGUUCCUGCGCUUUGCCAAGGAGCUGUUUGCCAGCUGUGUGCGGGGCUAUGCUGAGGCACACUGCGACUUUGUGCGCCUGGCCCUGGAGGAGCUGAGACCCCUGUUGUCGUUGCUGAAGGUGUCAGGCAGGGAGGGGAACCUCAUUGCCGUCUUCCAGGAUGAGCACAGUCGAGUCCUCCAGCAGCUCCAGGGCUUCACUUUCUUCCCAGAGUCCCAGGCAGCUCCCAAGAAGCCCUUUGAAAGGAAGAGUGUGGAGCGGCAGUCCGCCCGGCGGCAGCCCCUUGUUGGCUUGCCUAGCUACCUCCUGCAGUCGGAUGACAUUCGAGCUGCCCUCCUUGCCCGCUAUCCCCCAGACAGUCUCUUCCAGGCAGAUCGCAAUUUCAAUGCUGCCCAAGACCUGGAUGUCUCGCUGCUGGAAGGAGACAUUGUGGGUGUCAUCAAGAAGAAGGACCCCAUGGGCAGCCAGAAUCGCUGGCUCAUAGACAACGGGGUGACCAAGGGCUUUGUGUACAGCUCCUUUCUGAAGCCCUACAACCCACGCCGUAGCCAGUCAGAUGUCUCUGUGGGCAGCCACUCUUCUAACGAGUCAGAGCACAGCAGCUCCUCUCCCCAAAGCAACACCAUGCUGACCUUCAGCCCCACCGGGGCGGCUGUCACCUUCACUCAGAAACCCCUGCAGGACUUGGUCUCCCCAGCAGACCCAUACCAGUCCCCGCAGCACCCCUCAGAGAUGGACUCCCCCUCUCUGCCCCAGCUUGGCUCUGGUGACAGGACAGCCCCGCUGGAGGCUAGUACAGUGACAUCUCAGCGCCGCUACAGCCGCCCCGAGCUGAGCUGCAGCCUUGGCUCUCGCAAUGGGCACCCUGCCAAAGCGCAUCUCAGGCCUGCGCCCUCGGUGGAGGACAGAGACUCUGGGCUGGAGAGCAGUGAGUCAGAGGGCAACCAGGUCUAUUACGCUCUCUACACUUUCAAAGGCCGCAACGCCAACGAGCUGAGUGUGUCAGCUAACCAGAGACUCAGGAUCCUGCAGUUUGAGGACAUCACGGGCAAUCGGGAGUGGUGGCUGGCCGAGGCGCACGGGAAGCAGGGCUAUGUGCCCUCCAGUUACAUCCGGAAGACAGAGUACACGUGA